CCUCCGCUUCACGCUCUGCAUUAGGUCCCCAUUCACUAACUUAGUCUACGCCAACAAUUUAGUAAUUCCUUUAAUUGGUUGCGCAAAAUACGUUGUGGGACCCCGAAAAGACAUCCCCCGGUCUCUAAGCCCGUCUCUAGGAACAUCUUAUAAACAACAUGGCGCUUCCAGACGAAGAUGCAGCAUAGCUCCUGCUAUGGGCACAAAUCAAUGAAAUACACUUAGAUUGGGAGGGAGCUUUUUCACCUGCUGUUGUGAGAGCCGCUAGUAUUUGAUGACAUGCAGUCCGGAGGACUGGCUUGUGCUGCCUGCUCUCGGGCACUUUACUCUGGGAGAGUAGCUUGAUGUGUGGGAUUCUUCAGUUUCCUUUGCGGUCGGCUACACAAGGUGGUGAGCAGCAGUCGUGGUUAGUAUGAUUCUGCAGAGCUCCCAUACUGCUGGAUCUGAGCCUCUCUUAUCAGACUGCCAGAUGGAAGAGGAUCAUCUGAGUUCCCAGGAGAAGGAGAAACAGAGAGACAAACUGCCGCCCAUCCUGUCUGCAGCCAGUGCAGCCUCUGGGGGAAUGGAGAGAGGAGCCAAGGGCCAGUUUUCAACCUUCAGUAAUUUUAUUUCAACAAUCAACCAGAAGAAAGAAGCCGCUGGAAACCGAAACUCACCUACACAACUUGUUAUACCGAACAACAAAAAUGUAAGAGACCUACCGCCAAUUUGCCUUGAUGUCCGACAAAAGCAGCGCAUCUCUAUUGAUACGUUACCUCCCGAGUUGAAAGCUCCAAUCCUUCCAGAGCCACCAAUCCCAAUACGCAGUCGAGCUUUGAAGGAUUUUCAGAUGGAUUUGGAAAAAGCAAAAUCAACUGGAGAAUGGAAGAAUGUGCAUGAUUUUUAUUUAGUAACAUUUGAUUCCUUCUUGGAGUUAAAUGCAGCAUUCAAGAGAGAUGGAAAUGUUUCUGUCAAUACUGUUGAAGAUUCCAGAGUUAACACAAAAUUUUUGAAUGUUGUAUAUGAUGCCUUAAUAAAUACAUCUCAAGAUAUCCAGAAAGCAGUACUUAAAGGAAUUAUCAACAGUCUAUUAAGAGAAUGGAAAGGGCCAAAAACAAAAGAUGAUCUUAGAGCUUACUUUAUACUGACACAGAAUCCACAGUUCAGUAGUACCUCUACCUAUGUAAUCUUUGCUCAUUUACUAAGACAAAUUGCUACUCUAACAGACACUGAUCAUCAUUUCCUGAUUCACUGGUUUAAAAAGAUGGCACAGAAGAGGUUCAAGCAAUUAGUUGAUAGACUGUUGCAAUUCAUUUCUUUACGUCUCUUUCCUGCAAAACCAGAAGAAUUUCCACCUCUGGCAAAAUGUACUUGGUGGAUCCCGUCUGCAACCAAAGUUCUUGCUUUACUAAAUGCUGCAAAUUCUCUUUGUAAUCCGCCAAUAAUUCCCUACACUGAUUUUUAUAAUUCCACUUUGGAUCAUAUUGAUCUUAUGGAAGAAUAUCAGACUUGGCAGUUUUAUGGAAAUGUUCACAGAUUUUCAUUCUGUCAGUUUCCGUUCAUAAUUUCUAUUGCUGCGAAAAAAUGCAUAAUCCAGAAGGAUUCAGAGCAACAGAUGAUUAGCAUAGCACGGCAAAGCCUUGUGGAUAAAGUAUCUCGUCGUCAAAAACCUGACAUGAAUAUGCUGUUCCUCAAUAUAAAAGUGAGAAGAUUACAUCUGGUCAGUGAUUCACUUGAUGAGCUCACAAGAAAAAGGGCAGAUUUGAAGAAAAAGUUGAAGGUUUCCUUUGUAGGUGAAGCUGGUCUUGACAUGGGAGGCCUGACAAAAGAGUGGUUUCUUCUUCUAAUCAGACAGAUCUUUCACCCAGAUUAUGGCAUGUUUACAUAUCACAAGGAUUCAAACUGUCAUUGGUUUAGCAGCUUUAAAUGUGAUAAUUAUUCAGAGUUUCGACUAGUUGGGACAUUGAUGGGAUUAGCUGUGUACAACAGCAUCACCCUGGAUAUACGCUUUCCGCCAUGUUGCUAUAAGAAGUUGCUGAGUCCCCCAGUAGUUCCUUGUGAUCAGAACAUACCUGUGGGUAUCGGAUCUGUCACUCUAGAUGACCUGUAUCAGAUUAUGCCAGAACUUGCACAUGGUUUAAGUGAACUUUUAUCAUAUGAAGGAAAUGUGGAAGAAGAUUUUUAUUCAACAUUUCAGGUUUUCCAAGAAGAGUUUGGAGUUAUUAAAUCAUACAACCUUAAACCUGGUGGUGAUAAAAUUCCAGUUACCAAUCAGAACAGGAAAGAAUACGUCCAACUUUAUGUUGACUUCCUCCUCAACAAAUCUAUCUACAAACAGUUUUCUGCUUUCUACCAUGGAUUUCACAGUGUUUGUUCCUCCAAUGCAUUAAUGUUGCUUCGUCCAGAAGAAGUGGAGAUUCUUGUUUGUGGAAGUCCUGAAUUAGAUAUGCAUGCACUCCAGAGGAACACUCAAUAUGAUGGCUAUGUGAAAACGGAUCUCACUGUGAGGUACUUUUGGGAAGUUGUUCUUGGAUUUCCCCUAGAACUUCAGAAGAAAUUGCUGCACUUUGCAACAGGUAGUGACCGUGUUCCUGUUGGGGGAAUGGCUGAUUUGAACUUCAAGAUUUCAAAGAGUGAAACAUCUACUAACUGGUUGCCUAUAGCACACACCUGUUUCAAUCAGCUUUGCCUGCCUCCUUACAAAACCAAGAAGGAAUUAAAGCAGAAGUUGACCAUUGCUAUUUCAAAUGCAGAAGGUUUUGGGCUUCAGUAGAAAGAGACAAUUGUGGACUUCAGAGGACUGUUUGCUUAUGCAAUUCACUGACUUCUUACUGUGCACUGAGUGCAGCAGCGCUGACUACUCAGUACAUUUUUAAUACUGACAGAUGUUUACUGUCUCUCUUGCAUUCAGGGACUCGUAAACAUUGUUUAUAAAAGACUUACGUGACAAACAAAAACUUGUUUUUGGUAAAGAAGUUUUACUCUCUAUAGAAAGUAUUUUAAUUUAUCUAUUGUGUAAAUAAUGCAAUUUAAGGCAUAUACUUUUCGUAUUGACAAUAAGUUUGGAACUACAUCCAAGCUUUAGCAAUUUAGCUAGAAAACCUAAGGCAAUGAAUAUAUGUGUCAACAAACCACUUUAUAAUUCUGAUAUUGAUCUAUAUUACGUUAGAGAUGUAAAGUAAAGGUAAUAUAUUUAUAAUGAGCUGUAAAAUAUUUAUGUGUGUAGACUGUAGAAUAUUAAGCUUUUCUACUGCAAUUCACUGUAUUAGGCAACAAAGGAUAAUAUUUGUGUUAAAUGAUGUAUCUGAAAAAUUAAUAUAAUUUUACCUGUUGAAUCACUAUGUGACUGCAUUGAUCACACAAUGCCCUGAAAGAGUGGACCAGCUUUUAAUACAUGAAGCUAAUGCUGUUGCUUUUCUAAAUGUAAUUAAUUUUAUUAUGAAGUAAAAAUCCCACUUUAAUUGUAUGUCUAGAUAUAACAGAUUGUAUAGCAUAGCCCUUAUUAUUUAUGUUAUUGACAGAAAAAAAGUGCCAAUUCUUUGGCAACAUUUUUUUAAAAAAGUAUGCUUUGCAUAUGUGCAGUUUAAUUUGCUUUAUGUGGAUAGUUUUAGGAUUAUCGACUCUCCAUUGCUUGGCAACUUGCAAAUAAAUUAAAGUCUGUCAGAAUUAAAAAA